AUGAAACUCGCCGUCGCCGGAUCAACAGGUUUCGUGGGGGCUGAGGUUAUCCGUCAAGCCCUUUCCGAUCCACAAAUCACAUCUCUUGUCGCGCUCGGCCGGCGCCCAGCUACCACUCCCCAGAACCUCGGACCAACUGCCGACGUCAACAAGCUCAAAUCGGUCAUCAUCGAUGACUUUGGUGCGGAUUACCCGGACAGUGUCAAAGCAGAGCUCUCCAAUGCCGAUGCGUGUAUUUGGACGAUCGCCAUCACGCCGGCGAAAUCCAGGUCGUACCCCUGGGAGCAAACCGUCAAGGUAUGUCGCGACUACGCCAUCAAGGGCAUCGAGACAAUCAGUCAACUGCCGCGCGACAAUGCAAACGGCAAGCCCUUUCGGUUCGUGUACAUUAGUGGGUACAACUGUGAGCGAGACCAGACAAAGAAGCCCAUGUGGCCUCUGCGAGAUUACCUGCUGAUGCGUGGGGAGGCCGAGUCGCGCAUUCUGGAGUUUGCACAGAAGUCUCAUGGUGCCGUGGAAGUCCUUAUUGCAAAGCCGGGCCUGAUCAUGGGGUAUGGCAGCAUUGUACCUGUCGUCCAGCGAGUUUUGAUGACGGCGGUUGGGAUACCCAAGAUUGCUGUUCAAGAGAUAGCAGCUGGGUUGUUGGAUCAAGUUGAGAAUGGGUUUGAACGAGACACGUUGAUGAGCGAAGAUUUGUCGAGAAUUGCCGCGAAGAAGAGGGGAAAGAAGUGAUUUCUGGUGUACAGCUUCUCAGGGUAUCAGAUGUAAAACACAUUUCAUUUCAUCCUUC